AUGUCUGUAUUUCAAGUCAUUAUUAUGCUUAUUGAUGAACAAAGACAAAUCACAUCUUAUCAUGAGCAAAUCACAUAUGUACCCAAAUGUGAUUGCAAAACAAAGUUUAACAUCUAUUUGCUUUCUCCUCAUCAACCGAAAAAUUCUUCAGCUAAUUAUUCAAUACAUAUUGAUAUUUUUGAUAAAAUUACAUUAACAUAUUGGGCAAGUUGGCAUCUAUCGAUUCCUUUUCAGUUUCUUCCAGUUAAUCGACUAGCUUCUCAAUUAUUCAUUCCCAAUAUGCAACAAUUAGAAUCUUGCCCAUUGUUUUGUGAAAAUCAUGGAAGAUACAUACGAUAUAUAAAUAAAAAUGUCUCAUAUUUUUGUCAAUAUGAUCAAGGUUAUUCGGGUUUACAUUGUGAUAUCAAACAAACUUGUUCUUGUUCACCGGAUUCAUUUUGUCUUACUUCAUCUAUUUGUGUUUGUCCAUUGAAAAAAUAUGGUCCAAAAUGUUAUUUAAAACAUUCAAUUUGUCAAUCAUCAAAUAAUUCAUGUNCCAAAAUUCAAACCUCUAUUGCAUAA